UAGAUAGGGCAUAGGCCUAUACGUAUGGUGUCUAGAUACAGUCCACCUUUGGUUACAUUUGCCCUCUCUGCCAUACUUGGAAGUUGUAAAACAACUACUGGUAGUCUUAGAAGACACAGCUGCCUGCUCAUAAAUCCACUUAUUCAUCAUACUAACCAGACGUGUUGGAUUGGAACACGAUUUCUAUCCACCAUGAAGGCUAAGACUGUUUUGAAGGCUGUUCUCUCUGUGGAGCAGGAUGAGGGUGUUGGGGCUCGAGUCAGGCGGAGUGUAGGAAGGCCAGAGCUCAAAAACUUUGAUCCAUUCCUGAUGCUAGAUGAGUUUAAGGGUAAAGCUCCAGGAGGUUUUCCGGAUCACCCACACAGAGGCUUUGAAACGGUCACAUAUGUCAUAAAGGGAAGUAUUCGUCAUGAGGAUUUCUGUGGACACAAAGGCAUAAUUGGAGCUGGAGACCUACAAUGGAUGACCGCUGGCCGAGGAAUAGUCCACUGUGAGAUGCCACACGGGGAGGGGGAGGUUCAUGGCCUUCAGUUGUGGGUCAACCUAGCUAAGAAAUACAAGAUGAUUGAGCCAGCAUACCAAGAACUUCUAGACAAGGACAUCCCAAGGGCAACUAAAGAUGGAGUCACAGUCAAGGUCAUUGCUGGGGAAGCAUUUGGUAUAAAGUCCAAGGUGUACACUCGCACUCCUACAAUGUAUCUGGAUUUUAAAUUGACACCUGGAUCUAAACUGGAGCAGCCCAUUCCAGUUGGCUGGAGGUCUUUUCUGUACAUUCUCUCUGGAAAGGCGAAGUUUGGACCAACAGGAAACCAGAAGGAGAUAGAGGCCCACCACACAGUGACCUUCAACGACGAUGGCGACUCCAUAAGUGUGGACAAUUCAGGGUCAACAGAGUGUCAUCUGGUGAUGAUUGCUGGAGAACCAAUCAAAGAGCCUAUCGUCCAAUAUGGACCUUUUGUAAUGAACACUCAAGAGGAUAUACAGAAGACUUUUCGCGACUAUCAAUUGGGAAAAAAUGGUUUUGAGAAUGCUCCUAAAUGGCAGUCGGAUUAUGUGAAGAAUCGUGAAUAAGUGCCAGCCUCUGUCACUCCAGUAACCAUGGUUACCUCAUUUAUCAUUUGUGUAGGACCUUUUGUCAUGACUUCUGAAGAGGAAAUCCUGGAGGCAAGGAAAGACUACCAGUUUGCCAGAAAUGGGUUUGAGAAGGCCCAUACAUGGAAUUCCUUCAUUGUAACAGAAGAUGAAUCUGAACAAACAUUUUCUUGAUUGUGAGGAAAAAUUGUUUUGUUGUUUUGUCUUAUGAACUAGUAUAUAC